AUGGCGGACGACAGCGACGACUCCCUCGACAUCAUCAGCAGUCGCGUCGCUCCUGCGGCGCCCCCUCGACCAACCGGCUUCGCCGCGGCUACGGGGAACGGACAUGGCGAGCGCAUCGCUUUCUCGGACGAUGAGGACGCGGACGCGGCAUAUCUCAACUUCAAAAAUCGCAAAAAAAUCGCCGCAAAGAAGACGAAUGAUGCAGCAAAGAAAUCAAAGGCGAGAAUGGCGAAGAAGGGCGCGGUCGUGGGCCGCAAAGAGCCUCGAACUGCCCUCCCAACAGCCAAGAGAGACCGCGAAUCGGACAGCAGCGACGACGAACACGACCUAAUGGAAGACACCCUCCCCGAAUAUCUCAAAUCCCGGCGCAAGGCGUGGGAACAGACCCGCGCAGAACUCGGCAAUGCCGGCCUCCUCAUCCCUCCUCACUUUGAGCCCGACUUCUUCGGCUAUGUGGAUCUCGAAGAGGUGGCAGAGAGACCCAGCUUCCCCGUCACUCCACCACUGUCAUAUUUCGACAUCAAACUCCGCAGUGCUGGYGUCAUCCCCGCCGCAAUUGCACAAUGGCUGAAGCCGUAUCAGAUCGACGGCACCGCAUGGCUGCAUGAGAUGUUUGUGGCGCAGAAAGGAUGCCUUCUUGGAGACGACAUGGGACUUGGAAAGACCAUCCAAGUCAUAUCGUUCUUGACAGUCGCAUUUGGCAAGACCGGAGACGAGCGAGAUGCGAAGCGCAUGCGCAUGUGGCGGCGACGAUACCCAGACAACAAUCUCAACACAUUCAACCCGAAGAUAUGGUAUCCGCGGGUACUCAUCAUCUGUCCCGGUGGAUUGCUGGCGAAUUGGCAAAAAGAGCUCGAAACUUGGGGAUGGUGGCAUCUCUAUGUCUUCCACGGCAACAAUGCGGCCAAAGAAGCUGCACUAGCUGCGGCAGAGAACGGGCGGCUCGAAAUCAUGCUCACAACAUACCACACCUACCUUCUCAACGAGAGCGCCAUCAACAACAUCCAUUGGGACUGUGUCAUUGCGGAUGAGUGCCACACCAUCAAGUCGCGCAAGACGGAAAUUACUCAGGCCAUGUGCAAGCUCAAUGCUUUGUGUCGAAUUGGUCUGAGUGGGACGAUGAUCCAAAACAACUAUGACGAGUUGUGGACGCUUCUCAACUGGGCCAAUCCGGGGGCUGUGGGAGCGAUUGCUUCGUGGAAGCGGUGUAUCAGCAUACCCUUGAAGAUUGGCCAGAGCCAUGAUGCGACCAUGUCACAACUCUCAAAAGCAAGACGAGUGGCCACGAAGUUGGUGAACAAACUGCUUCCUCGAUUCUUCAAGCGCCGAACCAAGGCUUUGAUUGCGCAUCAGCUGCCGAAGAAGAGCGAUCUAGUCGUGUUUUGCCCGCUGACCGAAACUCAGUCUGAAGCAUACAACAACUUUUGUGAUUCCGAGCUGGUCCACGCCAUUCGAGACUCUGCGCUGCCAUGCAAUUGCGGUUCCGGAAAGAAGCAAGGAUCGUGCUGCCGGGCUGAGGUUGAGGGGUUCGGGAAGUGGCAAAAUCACGUCUUCCCAGUACUGGUCACGUUGCAGAAGCUCUCGAACCAUGUCGCGCUGCUCGUUCCAGAUGGUGUGACCGACCCUGAAAAACUCGAGAAGGAACUUCAGCGACUGGAAAUGGCCUUUCCCGAUUCCUGGAAGGAACUUUAUGCUGCACGCAAAAGCAUGCUGACUCACAAGAAUACUAAAUUCUGCGGCAAGUGGUUGGUGUUGAGGAAGCUUCUCAGACUGUGGUACGACAAUGGAGACAAGGUUCUGGUGUUUUCUCACUCCGUCCGGCUGCUCAAGCUGCUGCAGAGUCUUUUCAACACAACUCCCUUCAACGUGUCCUACUUGGACGGCAGCAUGAGCUAUGCCGAUCGACAAGCGGCAGUGGAUGACUUCAAUUCCGAUCCAGGCCAGUUUGUCUUUUUAAUCUCGACGAAAGCGGGUGGUGUGGGACUGAACAUAACCAGCGCGAACAAAGUUGUGGUUGUGGAUCCGAACUGGAAUCCUUCUUAUGAUCUGCAAGCUCAAGAUCGUGCAUACCGCAUCGGGCAGGUCAGAGAUGUGGAUGUUUUUCGGCUUGUCUCGGCGGGUACUGUGGAAGAAAUUGUCUAUGCGAGACAAAUUUACAAGCAGCAACAGGCCAACAUCGGCUAUAACGCAUCCGUCGAGCGCCGCUACUUUACUGGUAUCCAAGAUCAGAAGGACCAAAAGGGCGAGAUCUUCGGGCUGAGGAACCUCUUUGCUCCUCAACAGGGGAAUCUCGUGUUGAGGGACAUUGUCAAUAAAACCAACAUUGCCGAGACGAGAGCUGGUGUGCAAAUCGCUGGACUAGAUCUUGAGGCUGCGGGUGAAGAUGAAGAUGGUUUCGGUCCACUGGAUUCCAAGGAAGAUGCGGCGAUCAACUUGCUUGCAGCGGAAAUCAUCGACGAGCCAGCGCAGAGACGCAUGUUGGCCAACGCGAAAGCCAAGCGCAAGGAUCCCGUGCAGGCCAUUCUACAACAGGCUGGGGUGGAAUAUACACAUGAGAAUGCUGAGGUCAUCGGUACGAGUAAAAUCGAGACGAGAAUCAGCAGUCGUGCGCAAAAGGCUGGCGAUGAUGCAGAUCACAUCAACGAGCUCGCAUUUGCGGGGAAUCAAGAAGACUUGGAGGGUUUGAUGAUGGGUGGGGAUGACGAUAACGGUGUUGAUUGUGGAGAUGGGCUUGGAGAGGUGCGUUACAGAUUCCGACCGCCUGAGGACGUGAGGCGCAGGCAGUUCUGUGCCAUGGCGCAAUUCUUUGGGUAUGGGGAGAAAGUCACCGAGUUUGCGCUCGUCGUUGAGGGAUGGACGCAGGCUGAGCGGAGGGAUUGUCUGGAGAGGUUUUAUUUGGAGAGGAGGAGGGAGUUGGGUGCGAGAAGAUGA